AUGGAUGACGAUAUUAUGAUUAACUUUGGUGAUUUUGCACCUAAAAAAGUAGCUGAUCCUAGCAAAAACGAAACAUAGGCACGUAGAGAAAAGUAUAAGCAAAAGGCAUUUGAACAAAAAACAAAUUAUAAAAAUUUCCUCAAGAGAUAAAGAGAAAAAACUUAACAAAAUAGCGACGACAUAGAAUAAGGCAAUGUUUUAAAAGUUAAAAAGCCUAUCUCUAAGAACCAAGAUUUUAAAAAAAGUACAAACAGGACGAUUCCAAAGUUAGCAGAAGUCACUUGCUGCGAAGAAAAUAAUCCUGAAUAGCAAGCUGACAACAAACAAGAAAACCAAUAAGAUUCUACAAAGCAAAAUAAGUUUAAGAAAGACUUCAAGUAAUACUUGGAAUAAUCUUAAAAGGGAGGAGAUUAUGAUAACGAAAUAUAAAAGAUUAUGCAUUAGGAAUAAAAUAAUGUUGAGCGUACUAAAUAAAAGUAAAAUAUGAGACGUGAAAACAAAUAAAAAAGUGAAGAAUAAGAGCAAAUAAAGGAGUAAAAGUAAUAGGAAAUGAUGCAAAAAGUUGUUUAUCCUUUCACUGAAAAAGAUUAAGAAUAGUAAAAGCUCUCCGUCUUCACAGCUGAGAAAUUCGGAGAAAUAGAGUAAAUUCAUCCUAAAGUUGUCUAAGCCUUACAAGAAAGCAACUACGAAACAAUGACUAAAAUUUAAAAAGAAGGUAUUCCUUAGAUUUUAAAAAAAGAAAAUAUCGCUUUGAAGAGUGAAACAGGUUCUGGUAAAACUUUAACUUAUUUGGUUCCUAUUAUUUCGAAUCUUGUCCACAUGGGUACUGAUCAAAAGAUUACUAGAGAAGAUGGUAGCUAUGUUUUUGUAAUUUGCCCUACUAGAGAAUUGUGCAUUUAGUGCGAAGAAGUUGCGCAAUUAGUUACUAAAAAAUCAAAAUAUUUGAUUACAGGUUGCUUGAUGGGAGGUGAAAAUCCUAAAAAAGAAAAAGCUAGAUUAAGAAAAGGAGUAACCAUCCUAUUUGCCACACCUGGUAGAUUGCUAUAUCACCUCAAAAAUACUAAUUCCUUCUUGUUUAGCAAGCUCAAGUACAUUGUUUUCGAAGAAUCUGAUAGAACAUUAGAUAUGGGUUUCAAGAAAGAUUUAGAAGAAAUCGUAGAAUAGCUUACAUAGAAAGUCUCCUUCGAGGAAGUAUAAAAAAUUCUUAUUUCAGCUAACUUCAAUGACAGUGUAGAAAGUCUUUACUUGAAGAUGUCUACCUAGACUAUCAAAUACGUUGGAUUUGCUAAGCAAAAGAGAAAUAAAGCAGAUGGACCAAUAAACUAUGAAGAAGAAAAGAAACAUAUAAAGGGAGAUGACAUGUUCAAAGUCCCAGAUACAUUGAUUUAGUAUUAUUCUUUGAUAAAUGAAGAGCACAGAGUACCAUUUUUAGUAUCUUACCUUAGCAUGCUUUAGGAUACUAAAUCUAUUAUUUUCGUAUCAACUUGUGACGAAGUUGAUUAUUUUGCUUUCCUUUUCGAUGCAAUGAGGUAUAAGGAUGCUAACGGUGAAGUAUAGUAGGAUGAUUAGGUUUUAAAAUAAAAGAUAUUUAAGCUACAUGGUAAUAUAGAGCAAAGGACUCGUAGUGAAACUUACUUUUCUUUCAAGAGAUACUAGGGAGGAGCUAUCCUCAUUUCAACAGAUGUAGCCAGUAGAGGUUUAGAUUUUUACGAAGUAACUCACACUAUUUUAUUCGAUGUACCCACUAGCAUCAGUGAGUAUUGUAAUAGAAUUGGUAGAACUGCACGUAUAGAUUAAAAGGGUAUUUCUUUACUCAUUUUGAAUAAUGUAGAAAGACCCUAUGUUGAUAAAAUGAAAAAAUAUGGAAUUAAAUUGAACAAAUUCGAUGACGAGCCUGUUCUUGACAAAGUAUAAAGAGAAAUCAAAUAAAAGUAUGAUGUCGGUAUGGAUACUAUGCACUAUGUAGAAAGUUUAAUUAGGUAAUCUAUAAGAGACGAUAAAACUAAAUAUAUAUUAGCUCGUAGAGCUUAUGUAAGUAGCUUAAGAGCUUAUGCCAGACUCAAAGACAAAGAUAUAUUCCGUGUCAAAAAACUUAAUUUACAUUUAAUAGCCAAGGGAUUCGGUUUAAGUGGAGUCAAGGCUGGCAAUGAAACUACCUCCAAGCAAUAUCAACAUGAACUUGUUGAAGCUAAUAAGAAUAGAUAUGAUAAGAUGGAGAAAUUCUUUAUGGAAAGAUUAGAAAAAACAGCUCCUAAGAGAAAAGCAAUGAACUCUAAAAAAUUAUUUAAUAUGGAAUUCAUGUGA